AUGGGCCUUGCGAGUGGAGCAAGGAAGAUCACCAUCAAGUUGCAAGUGACAAUUAACGUGGAAACAGAGGAUGUAGGGGAAGAAUUGGAGGAGCUUAGGGGACCUAAGCAGGUUCUUGGAUUGCCCAACAACCCCAAGUAUCUUCAGAGUGCCAUCAGGGCUUUCGACAUGACCUCGUCGCAUAUACCUCUUUUCGACGAGGAGUACACUUACGUCAAUCGAGACGAUAUCCAUUCCUUUGCAAAAGCCCUUGUGUGGGACGAUGAUGACUAUCUCUCGUCUGCAUCCACAAACGGUGUUCUUCCUUAUAAUGAGGUGAAGAAAGAGGCUGAAACCAUUGAUAACCAGGGUCUUCAGCAGAACGCCAUGGCCGUGGACGAUGUUCACGCAAAGGCGCCUAAGCCCAUGAUGAUCACCUCCGCGUCAGAUUGGUUUCCUAUAAAUGGCCAGGAUAAGAAGAAAAAGGAUGGUAUUUCUACACGGGAGAGUUUUACAAACGAGUUUCGCCACCUGGCGUCUUAUACGUUGCUCCGAUGGCCCGUGCUUGUGUUUAUCAUCAUUUGGGUCGUCAUUUUGUGUGUCUUUUAUGCCAUUGUGAGAGGGUAUGUUGCCAUCUCGGAGUACCUUUUUACAUGGACUGGACAGAGGAGGAUUCUUCGGCAGAAACUUCGGCUGUCGAGGACGUAUGACGAAUGGGUUGAAAAUGCAAAGGCAAUGGAUAGUUUCCUUGGCCUUGACGAGUGGUCUGAACACCCCAGGUUCUCAUACUACGACUAUAAGACGAUCCAGAAGACAAUCCAGAAAAUACGUGUGCUACGGAAAAAGAAUGAUGUUUCAAACUUGAUGGUGUUCUUGCAGGGCUGUUUAAAGAAAAACUUUGCUGGUAUUGAAAAUAAACAGCUCUAUUCCCACAAGUACUAUGGUACAAAGAAUCUAGUGCACGAAUAUGUUGAUGAGGUCAUUCAAUGUAUUGACUGUGUCACCAAUGCAAGCACGCAGGUCGUGCUGGCCAAAAAGAAGCGUCAGUUUUUCAAAGUGGUUCUGAAAAACUACGGCAAAUCAGCCUUGUGUCUUAGUGGAGGAGCAUGUUUCGCCUAUACUCAUUUUGGGAUCGUGAAGGCGCUUCUAGAUAAUGACGUGCUUCCUCUGAUUAUCUCCGGAACCUCUGGCGGUGGCCUUAUCGCCGCUUUGGCAUGCACCAGAACAGACGAGGAGCUUAAGAAGCUUUUAGUUCCUCGCUUAGCUAAAAAGAUCACCGCUUGCGAAGAUCCAUGGUAUAUUUGGAUCCCCAGGUUUUUACGCACUGGCGCCAGGUUUGAUGCUGUGAGUUGGGCUAGCAAAUCCUGCUAUUUCACAAAGGGAUCGAUGACUUUCCAAGAAGCUUUCAAAGCCACCGGUCGUCGUCUUAACAUUUCCACUGUCCCCGCAGAGCCGCAUUCGCCUGUCAUUCUUUGCAACUCCAUCACGUCGCCAAACUGUAUUAUUUGGUCCUCGCUCUUGGCAUCAUCAGCUGUUCCAGGUAUUCUUAACCCUGUGGUGCUUAUGACGAAGAACAAGAGUGGCGAAGUCAUUCCCUUCAGUUUGGGCAACAAGUGGAAAGACGGUUCGUUGCGUACUGAUAUUCCUAUCAACGCGCUUAACACUUAUUAUAAUGUGAAUUUCACAGUGGUGUCACAGGUGAAUCCACAUAUUUCUUUGUUCUUCUUUGCUCCAAAGGGAACUGUGGGCAGACCAGUGGCGUCACCAAGAAGGAAGACCAAAAGACAAAAGUUUGCUUCACUUAGAGGAGGUUUCAUUGCAACUGCAUUGGAGCAAUUGUUUAAGCUCGAGAUCAAGAAGUGGCUUGAAAUUGUCAAAACUCUUGAUUUGCUUCCUAUGUGGAGAGAACAGGAUUGGCUGAAUGUGUGGCUUCAGAGAUUUACUGGAUCGAUCACGAUAUGGCCUCGCAAUAAGCUCAUGGAUUACUGGUAUAUUCUCCUGGACCCAAAUGAAGCUCAAAUGGAAGAGUAUUUGCUCAAGGGCCAACGCAGUAUGUGGCCGCGUCUUCUUUUCAUCAAGCACAGACUUGGAAUUGAGCGUGCCAUCGAAAGAGGUAAAAAGGCGUCCGUUCAGGACCAGAACCUUGGUGCCACUCAACUUUCCCCCACUGAUUCCAAUGCACUUCAGUCGGAUGACUUCUCAGAAGGUCCUUUGAAAGACCAUCUCAGAGCCAACAUUAGCGACAGAGGUGACAUUGACUCUACCGACGACGAAGUCAGACGUAACUUUGCGUCUCCAUUCGACAUAAGGUACGGUCAGCUAGAAGAGGACGACGAUGAAGACUACGAUGAUCUGUACACCGACGAAGACUCCGAAAAGCCUGGUGAAGAAUAG